AUGCAAUCCGUCUCGACCUUCUUGGUUGUCAUUGGGCUCAUCGCCGCCGGAGCUUCGGCUCAACUCGCCGCGUGGCCAGCGCAAAGCUACUCGCCGUUCUACCAAUCCCUAUUCGGCGCCGCUUCGACACCGGUGCUCUCGGCGCCGGUGGCUCGUACCGCUCCGUCAGCUGUGCCGUUGGCCGCGCCGGCGGUUCUUGCUGCUCCAGCUCCAGUUCCGGUCGCCGCUGCUCCAGCUCUUGUAGCUCCAGCUCCAGUCCCGGUCGCCGCCGCUCCAGCUUUUGUAGCUCCAGCUCCAGUCCCGGUCGCCGCUGCUCCAGCUCUUGUCGCUCCACGUCCGCUCCUCGCUGCUCCAGCUCUUGCUCCAGCUCCAGUGGUCGCCGCCGCGCCAGCUUUGGUGCCAGCUUACGCGCCAUUCGCCAGAGCCGCCAUGUUCAUCGGAUCCAACAAGGCCAAAACGUAA